AAGAAAGAGGACAGUUGGUAAGGAAUCGUUGCAAGAGAUCAGGAGACGUGUUGACAAGUGGAACAUAGGAAUAGGUGAUCUGUUUUUUAUCUUAGCAAUAAACAUAUUAAUUUCAUCAGCGGGACACCUGGAGUUUGUGUUGUUGCAUUUUCGUCCAAGUCUACGUUGUGCUUUGUCUGUCCCAACGCCUAGAUACCCACCGUAUAAAUUACAGAGAGGAUCGGUGCUGUACUGACCACUGCUAAAUCAAUGCAGUCUGUGAUAAGUCAGGACCGGAGCCCUCCUCCGUAACAGCCAUUCUGUGACACACACUUUAAAAAAAUAAAACUGCCACAUUAAAAUGGACUAACGAAGGGGACUCCCCUUCGAAGCAAAUGUGGAUAUGGUCAGCAGGAAUGACCAUGAGGAUAUGGUCAGCAGGAAUGACCAUGUGGAUAUGGUCAGCAGGAAUGACCAUGAGGAUAUGGUCAGCAGGAAUGACCAUGUGGAUAUGGUCAGCAGGAAUGACCAUGAGGAUAUGGUCAGCAGGAAUGACCAUGUGGAUAUGGUCAACAGGAAUGACCAUGAGGAUAUGGUCAGCAGGAAUGACCAUGGGGAUAUGGUCAGCAGGAAUGACCAUGUGGAUAUGGUCAGCAGGAAUGACCAUGUGGAUAUGGUCAGCAGGAAUGAACAUGUGGAUAUGGUCAACAGGAUUGACCAUGUGGAUAUGGUCAGCAGGAAUGACCAUGUGGAUAUGGUCAGCAGGAAUGACCAUGUGGAUACCGUCAGCAGGAAUGACCAUGUGGAUACGGUCAGCAGGAAUGACCAUGUGGAUACGGUCAGCAGGAAUGACCAUGUGGAUAUGGUCAGCAGGAAUGACCAUGUGGAUACGGUCAGCAGGAAUGACCAUGUGGAUACGGUCAGCAGGAAUGACCAUGUGGAUAUGGUCAGCAGGAAUGACCAUGUGGAUAUGGUCAGCAGGAAUGACCAUGUGGAUAUGGUCAGCAGGAAUGACCAUGUGGAUAUGGUCAGCAGGAAUGACCAUGUGGAUAUGGUCAGCAGGAAUGACCAUGUGGAUAUGGUCAGCAGGAAUGACCAUGUGGAUAUGGUCAGCAGGAAUGACCAUGUGGAUAUGGUCAGCAGGAAUGACCAUGUGGAUAUGGUCAGCAGGAAUGACCAUGUGGAUAUGGUCAGCAGGAAUGACCAUGUGGAUAUGGUCAGCAGGAAUUACCAUGUGGAUAUGGUCAGCAGGAAUGACCAUGUGGAUAUGGUCAGCAGGAAUGACCAUGUGAAAUUGGGUUGCGAUCCAUUGUUUUCUUUUCUUGCCGUCGAUCGACACUAUUGGAAACCUAAUUACACUUUAUAUAAUAUGUAUACAUAAGACUGGCAGCAAAAGUUGAAACAUAAAAACAUCCAAAACAUGUUCAAUUGAGUAGGAGAUCUGGGGGAAAACAUGAAGUAUGUUAACAAGAACGGAAUGUUAAGUUUAUAUUGACGUUUCACCUUUAAGAUGUGUUGAAUUUUUCUAUUGGACAGGGCGAUUGUCAUAGCUUACAACAUACCAACUUGUAGUAACACGAUUGGGAAGGUGUUGAACUUAUCCAGGGAACAUGUGGUAAGUGGAUGAGGUAAUGUCAGUGGUGGAUGAAGUGUGGUGGUUUAUGGAUGAAGUAUCUUUGAUGGAUAAGGUUUGAUGGGAGUUGGAUGAAGUAUGAUGCUUGAUGAAUGAAUUAUAAUGGUUGAUGGAUGGAACAUGAUGCUUGAUUAAUGAACUAUGAUGUUUGAUAAAUGAAGUAUGAUGUUUGAUGAAUGAAAUAUGAUGUUUGGUGGAUAAGAUUGAUGUGAUUUUUAUUUGUUAUGAUGGUUGAUGAAUGAAAUAUAAAGGUUGAUGAAUGAAAUAUAAUGGUUGAUGAAUGAUGUGUGAUGUUUGAUGGGUGAGCUGUAAUGUAUGAUGAAUGGAGUAUGAUGGAAGAAGAUGAAGCAUUAUGUAUGAUGUCGUAUGAUACUCGUCUGAUUAAUGAUUGAUGACGCAUGAUGCAUAUUAAAUUUUAAAUUUUAUAAAUUUUUUGAAAGCCUUUGAUAGUGUUGAAAAAAAAAACUCUGUGGACACUAUUGCGUCACUAUGGUAUUCUACAUAAAGAGAACAGUUAUAAUGAAAUACACUGAUCACAAUAUGAGCUGCGGUGCUGUUCGUGGGGGAAACCAAUAGAGUCUUUUGAGAUAGAGUCUUUUGAGAUAGAGUCUUUUGAGAAAGAGUCUUUUGAGAAAGAGUCUUUUGAGAUAGAGUCUUUUGAGAUAGACUCUUUUGAGAUAGACUCUUUAAGACAGUGUCAAGAGUGCUACAGGACUGUCUAAUCUCCACAGUCCUCGUUACAGUCAUAUAUUGGAUCAUGAGCAAUGCUACUAAGAUUGGAGGAAAUGACAUACCAUGGACUCAUUUUGGACCUGGAUUUUGUGGAUAACAUCGCCCUGUUAUCCCUAAGCCACUAAAAAAAAAUAAUUAACAGAACUUCAAAACUUCAAAUACCAGAGAGAUUGGACUUGCAAGAAAGGAGAUCAAAAAUCAUUGGAUGAGAAUGUCAGGAAUGACUGAGGGGGGGGGGUGUUAACAACAGAGCUCCAUUGUUCUUCAGAUCAUUUAUAGGGUGGACGGAAAAACUGAUGUGUUUUGGGAUCGAGUAAGGUUAAUAGAUUUUCACAUCUUUGAGAUUGGCCCGCACCUAUGGUUUCUUCCCAACAUAUUAUGUCUCGGGGCUUCCAGACUUCGCAUGACACUUUUGGUGUUGACGACGGACGUACUUCAUUGACCAGAAAUUGGGAGGGGGGUAGGAAGUUGUUGAUAACUAGCAUUCCUGGACCCCCUAGGGAGGUAGAGAAUUGUAUAUAAGAUAAUAAGAUAGAACUCUUGGUGACAGAACGGAGUGAAAGAUUCGUGGACCGUCAUUAUGAAGUUGUAGACGCAGCGGUACUAGACGUACUCAAAGAUACAAUCAGUGAUAGAGCGCUGUUGAAGUAUUAGAGUUAGGACAGAAAAAUUACUUAAUUUGUUAUUUUAUUCCCAUCAAUCAAUCUUUUAUGUAUAACUGUUACUGAGGAGUUGCGGGAUCAUUCAUCAGUUGUUGUUUUUUUUUUUUACACUCCGUUGUACUUCUCAACGUCUGCGCUAGUGAACCAUCACAGAGAGGAGCUGCCCCGUACUAUUCACUACACCACCAAUACCACUUGGUACGUGAUCAUAAGUACGGGGCAUACCAUCACAAUACCAUCCCAUCUGUGACAGAGAAUACAUCCGAAUAGCAUUGGAGGUGUAGCAUUAAGAUGGAGAGUAGGAGGAAAGUUGAUCGACCUGGGAUGCUUAGUUCAUAAGGUCGGGAAAAAAAAAAGGGGGGGGGGAGGAGAACGGUGAUGGUUAAUUUAAAAAAAUUAGAAACUCUAGUAAUUCACGAAACAGACAGCCAAAUGUAAAAUAUCCGAAUAGCAUUGGAGGUGUAGCAUUAAGAUGGAGAGUAGGAGGAAAGUUGAUCGACCUGGGAUGCUUAGUUCAUAAGGUCGGGAAAAAAAAAAGGGGGGGGGGGAGGAGAUCGGUGAUGGUUAAUUUAAAAAUAUUAGAAACUCUAGUAAUUCACGAGACAGACAGCCAAAUGUAAAACUUUAACAAAAAUAUUAAGUAUGUUAUGUUUGAUGGCUGAGAAAGCUGGAGAUCAACCAAGAGAGGUUAGAAAAUCCUUCAAACCUUCAUCGAGAGUUGCCUGCAUAUAAUCCUUAACAUCAAGUUGUUCGCUAAACCCAAAAUUCAUCACUGGGCGAAAUCACGAUGCACAACUCCAAGAAAUAAUUUAAUAAGCUCUAGCUGGAUGGAUGGUAGCUUGGGACAGUUGAUGGAUGAAAACACCAGACAUUUGAUAUAUGGAUGAUAGCAUAAGAAAACUGAUUGAUAGGUAACAGCAUAAGAAAACUGAUUGAUAGGUAAUAGCAUGAGACAACUGAUUGAUAAGCAAAAGCAUGAGACAACUGAUUGAUAGGCAAAAGCAUGAGACAACUGAUUGAUUGGAAAAAGCAUGAGACGAUUGAUUGAUAGGCAAAAGCAUGAGACGAUUGAUUGAUAGGCAAAAGCAUGAGACAACAGAUUGAUUGGAAAAAGCAUGAGACGAUUGAUUGAUAGGCAAAAGCAUGAGACAACUGAUUGAUUGGAAAAAGCAUGAGACGAUUGAUUGAUAGGCAAAAUCAGGAGACAACUGAUUGAUAGGCAAAAGCAUGAGACAACUGAUUGAUAGGCAAAAGCAUGAGACGAUUGAUUGAUAGGCAAAAGCAGGAGACAACUGAUUGAUAGGCAAAAGCAUGAGACAACUGAUUGAUUGGAAAAAGCAUGAGACGAUUGAUUGAUAGGCAAAAGCAUGAGACAACUGAUUGAUAGGCAAAAGCAUGAGACGAUUGAUUGAUAGGCAAAAGCAUGAGACAACUGAUUGAUUGGAAAAAGCAUGAGACGAUUGAUAUAUAGGCAAAAGCAUGAGACAACUGAUUGAUAGGCAAAAGCAUGAGACAACUGAUUGAUUGGAAAAAGCAUGAGACGAUUGAUUGAUAGGCAAAAGCAUGAGACAACUGAUUGAUAGGCAAAAGCAUGAGACAACUGAUUGAUUGGAAAAAGCAUGAGACAACUGAUUGAUAGGCAAAAGCAUGAGACGAUUGAUUGAUAGGCAAAAGCAUGAGACAACUGAUUGAUUGGAAAAAGCAUGAGACGAUUGAUUGAUAGGCAAAAGCAUGAGACGAUUGAUUGAUAGGCAAAAGCAUGAGACAACUGAUUGAUAGGCAAAAGCAUGAGACGAUUGAUUGAUUGGAGAAAGCAUGAGACGAUUGAUUGAUAGGCAAAAGCAGGAGACAACUGAUUGAUAGGCAAAAGCAUGAGACAACUGAUUGAUUGGAAAAAGCAUGAGACGAUUGAUUGAUAGGCAAAAUCAGGAGACAACUGAUUGAUAGGCAAAAGCAUGAGACAACUGAUUGAUUGGAAAAAGCAUGAGACGACUGAUUGAUAGGCAAAAGCAUGAGAACACUGAUUGUAAGGCAAAAGCAUGAGACGAUUGAUUGAUAGGCAAAAGCAGGAGACAACUGAUUGAUUGGAAAAAGCAUGAGACAAAUGAUUCAUAGGAAAAAGCAUGUGACAGUUGGUUACAAAUAUAAAAAGACAAGGAUUGAACGUAAAUGAUUAAUGGUCUAUGUUGUGCUGCUACUGUUCCUAUUUUAACUGGCUAUGUUUCACUUUUGUCUUUAUUACACUGUUAAAUGUCUAUAUUCCGGUUUUAAAUGUCUAUGUUUCAGUGUUAAAGGUCUAUGUUCCAGUGUUAAAUGUCUAUGUUCCAGUGUUAAAGGUUGAUGGGCUAUGUUCCACAAAAGUCCUGCGUACUGACAGACAAUCAUGUACGGACAGCGACAUUAAUGUCCCGACAGAGACAGUCCUGUUUGAUCUCUUGACACAUGUGGACAAGAAACGGGCGUUACGCGACAAACACAACGCCGGCUAAACACAAUCUAAUGGAGUGAAAAUGAAAUCAAGGGCGCAUCUCAGCUCAUCAAGUGGCUGUUCACAUCAUCUCCAACAAGAUCAUUUACACGCUGGUGUCAUUGGUACACAGACUCUUGAGUCACACUGAGUGCGACGUCUCACUGAUGUGUGUGACCUAUGGUAGAGUAAUUACAUCACUUAAACAGAAUGUUUAGCGAUCUUAGUGAUUUCAUUAUCAGAUUUGUUAAUGAUUUCAUAAAAAGAAAAUAUGAUUUCAUAAUCGAACAAUAUGAUUUGAUAAUAAAGCGAUAUGAUUUCAUAAUCAGACAAGAUGAUUUCAUAAUCAGACAACAUGAUUGCAUAAUCAUACAAGAUCAUUUCGUAAUCAGAAAAAAUGAUUUCAUUAUAGGACAAGAUGAUUUCAUCAUCAGACACGCGAUGCCAUUGUCCUUGAUACCCUAGAUGCCAUUGUCCUUGAUACCCUACAGCUAUAUGUGAUUGAUUGAUUGAUUGGUUGAUUGAUUGGUUGAUUGGUUGAUUGAUUGGAUAUUGAUAUAGCACUAGUAUCCAUGCUACUUCAGCAUGUUCACUGUACUCUGGUUUACUUAAAUCUAUUUAAAUAAAACAGUUUUUAAAUGUUUCUUAAAUGAUUUUUUAUCAUUUUCAAUUCCCCUCAAAGAUUGAGGUAAACUGUUUCAUAAUUUUGAUGCUAUCGCCUUAAAAGAGAGCUCUCCGUAAGAAUUUUUUCUGUGUCCAUCCACACUAGGAACUCUCAGUAGGUACUGUAUUGAAGACCCCAGGCUCUUUGAGGAUACAUGUUAAUAAAUCCGUUCUUUAAGAUAUUCCGGUACAGAGCCUUCUAUGCAGCUGUACGCCUGGGACAAUUUUUGUAAUUAAUGCGCUCACUCACAGGAACCCAAUGGAGAUCUCGUAGAACUGGGGUGAUGUGGUCAGAUUUUUUUAUCCGCGUGCUGCAGUAUUUUGUAUUUUUUGGAGUCUCUGAAUUUGGUUCUGAGGUAAACCCCACAAACAACUAUUACAGUAAUCUAAUCUUGACUGGAUUAGAGUUACCGCUACAGCAUUGGCUGUUCUUUUAUUGAGUUGAGAACGCAGCUGACCCAGGGCACGCAGAUGACAGAAGCAAGCCUUGAUCACAGAACUGAUAUGGGGAAUCAAUCUAAGUUUACUGUCAAUAUAUAAGCCAAUGUCUCUGACAGUGGAGGACAACAGGAUCUCUGAUUCACCAACUUUUAUUGAUGCGAUGUUUACUAUACGAAGAUUGGCGUCUGAACCAAAAAUAAUUGCCUCAGUCUUAUCAUCAUUUAAUUUUAGUCUGUUUGAUGACAUCGAAUCUUUCACAGCAAGACAGCAGUCCUGGACAGCCUGAACUGCAGCAGCACACUCCAUAAAUCAGGGCGGAAACAGUUGUAUAGUUCUGUGUGUCUAAGAUCUGUGUCGCUUACAGACAAAUCAUACAUGGCCGCCAAAUCUUUGUAGCGGCAUCUCAGUUGGAACAUUUGUUUGGAGCUAAAAUCUCUGAUUGUGUUGGUGGCUAAUGAUACUAGCUUGUGUCAUGUGGUGUGCAUCAAUGACGUGUGUUGUUUGCAUCUCUGACGUAUGGUUUACAUCAAUCAUGUGUGGUUUACAUCAAUGACGUAUGGUUUACAUCAAUGACGUAUGGUUUACAUCAAUGACGUAUGGUUUACAUCAAUCAUGUGUGGUUUACAUCAAUGACGUAUGGUUUACAUCAAUGACGUAUGGUUUACAUCAAUGACGUAUGGUUUACAUCAAUCAUGUGUGGUUUACAUCAAUGACGUAUGGUUUACAUCAAUGACGUAUGGUUUACAUCAAUGACGUAUGGUUUACAUCAAUGACCUGUGAUUUACAUCAAUGACGUAUGGUUUACAUCAAUGACGUAUGAUUUACAUCAAUGACCUGUGGUUUACAUCAAUGACCUGUGGUUUACAUCAAUGACCUGUGGUUUACAUCAAUGACGUAUGGUUUACAUCAAUGACAUGUGGUUUACAUCAAUGACAUGUGGUUUACAUCAAUGACGUAUGGUUUACAUCAAUGACCUGUGGUUUACAUCAAUGACGUAUGGUUUACAUCAAUGACCUGUGUUUUACAUCAAUGACGUAUGGUUUACAUCAAUGACCUGUGGUUUACAUCAAUGAUGUAUGGUUUACAUCAAUGACCUGUGGUUUACAUCAAUGACCUGUGGUUUACAUCAAUGACGUAUGGUUUACAUCAAUGACCUGUGGUUUACAUCAAUGACGUAUGGUUUACAUCAAUGACCUGUGUUUUACAUCAAUGACGUAUGGUUUACAUCAAUGACCUGUGGUUUACAUCAAUGAUGUAUGGUUUACAUCAAUGACCUGUGGUUUACAUCAAUGACCUGUGGUUUACAUCAAUGACCUGUGGUUUACAUCAAUGACCUGUGGUUUACAUCAAUGACCUGUGGUUUACAUCAAUGACCUGUGUUUUACAUCAAUGACCUGUGGUUUACAUCAAUGACUUAUGGUUUACAUCAAUGACCUGUGGUUUACAUCAAUGACCUGUGGUUUACAUCAAUGACCUGUGGUUUACAUCAAUGACCUGUGGUUUACAUCAAUGACUUAUGGUUUACAUCAAUGACCUGUGGUUUACAUCAAUGACCUGUGGUUUACAUCAAUGACGUAUCCCCGUUUUCAAAUAAUGUGAUUGGUUUAUUUUUAAAUUAAUUGUAUUUUGUUUUAUUUUUCUAUUGCGUCAUGGGUAAAAAGAAGGGGGGGGGGUGUAUUAGUGCUAACUGGCGUAUUCGAUUAAAAUGAAUCGCUUUGUUCCCUAGAUGACGUCUUACAUUUUUGUAAUAUAUUGAAUACGAAAUGGUCGGCUUGAUUUGAACGUGUUUUGUUUGUGAUCCCGACCAGGUGGGCAUGUUCAAUGGAACGUUUACCUUAUGGUCGGAGCCAUCAAUACAGGUACGUCAGUGCAAUCAAUACAGGUAGGUCAGUGCAAUCAAUACAGGUAGGUCGAAGCUAUCAAUACAAGUAAGCAAGAGACAUCAAUACAGGUAAGCAAGAGGCAUCAAUACAAGUGAGUCAGAGCUAUCCCUAAAGUUACGUGAUAGCCAUCAAUACAGGUACGUCAGUGCCAUCAAUACAUAUGAGUCAGGACCAGCAAUACAGAUAGGUCAGACCAUCACUACAGGUAGGUGAGAGCUAUCACUACUGUUACGUCAGAGCCAUCUAUACAUGUGAGUCAGGACAAUCACUACAAGUACGUCAUAACCAUCGACACAGGUAGGUCAGAGCCAUCACUACAGGUAGGUCAGAGCCAUCACUACAGGUAGGUCAGAGCCAUCACUACAGGUUGGUCAGGCCAUCACUACAGGUAGGUCAGAGCCAUACCUAAAGUUAGGUCAGAGCCAUCACUACAGGUAGGUCAGAGCCAUCAGUACAGGUAAGACUUCAAGUGAAUGCUCACUAUUGGUAAAAGCAAAUAAGAGGUAACAGAAAAAUUCUAAUUACACAUCACUACUUAUUUAUUGCAAUUACACAUCACUACUCAUUUAUUGCAAUUACACAUCACUACUCAUUUAUGGAAAUUACACAUCACUACUCAUUUAUUACAACUACGCAUCACUUAUUUAAUACAAUUACACAUCAUUUUUUUGUUUAUUACAAUUACACAUCACUUAUUUAUUUCAAUUACACAUCACUUACUUACUUAUUUAUUGCAACUACAUAUCAUUUACUUGUGUAUUACAUUUGCACAUAAUUUACUUCUUUCUUGCAAUUACAUAUCACUUAUUUAUUACAUUUACACAUCAUUCACUUGUUUAUAACAAAUACACAUCAUUUACUCAUUCAUCACAUUUACACACUACUUACUCACUACUUACAAACUACACACUAAUAUCAGAAUCAUAAAAACAUCUUGUUAAUGUCAUCACUUCUUCAAGGCCAUCAACCCUAACUGCCAACUGCCCAAUCAAACAAUCAUCGUGGUGGCCAGGCAGGCCAGUUCUGGGACAACAAGCAUCUUCACCUCGGCGUUAGCUGCUUUUGACGGACGGUGGAAGGCUACAAAAGGAACGUUCUCUGUAGGUGUUGAUAACAUCACCUAUCAGCCCAUCAAAUGGGACGCAAGUAAGUCUUCUGAUAGAUGUGUCCAACAAGGUUGUGGAAUGUAGUGGAUGACAGUUUGAUAGAUGUGUCCAACAAGGUUAUGGAAUGUAGUUGAUGACAAUUUCAUAGAUGUGUCCAACAAAGUUUUCGUAUGUAAUGAAUGGCAAUUUGAUAGGUCUGUCCAACAAAGUUAUGAAAUGUAGUGGAUUACAAUUUCAUAGAUGUGUCAAACAAGGUUAUGGAAGGAAGUGGAUUACAAUUUGAUUGAUGUGUCAAUUAAUGUUAUGAAAUGUAGUGGAUGAUUAUUUGAUAGAUGUGUCCAACAAGUUUAUUGAAUGUGGUCGAUUAGUAUUUGAUAGAUGUUUACAGCAAGGUUAUGGAAUGUAGUUAAUUUGAUAGAUCUGUUCAACAAAGUUAUGGAAUGUAGAGGAUGACAAUUUAAUAGAUAUGUCCAACAAAGUUAUGGAAUGUCUUGGAUGACACAUUGAUAGUUUUGUCUAACAAGGUUAUGGAAUGUCUUGGAUGACACAUUGAUAGUUUUGUCCAACAAGGUUAUGGAAUGUAGCAGAUAAAAAUUUGAUAGAUGUGUGAAAUAAAUGAAGGGACUAUUUCAUUCAGAUGUGUGAAACAAGGUAAUUGCAUGUAGAGGAUGACAAUUUCAUUGAGAUGUCCAACCAGGAUAUGUAAUGUAGUGAAUGACAUUUUCAUUGAGAUGUCCAACCAGGAUAUGGAAUGUAGUGAAUGACAAUUUCAUUGAGAUGUCCAACCAGGAGAUGGAAUGUAGUGAAUGACAAUUUCAUUGAGAUGUCCAACCAGGAGAUGGAAUGUAGUGGCGGACAAUUAGAAAGAUGUUUUGUCCAACAAGGUUAUGGAAUGUAUCAGAUAAAAAUUUGAUAGAUGUGUGAAAUAAAUGAAGGGACUAUUUCAUUCAGAUGUGUGAAACAAGGUAAUUGCAUGUAGAGGAUGACAAUUUCAUUGAGAUGUCCAACCAGGAUAUGUAAUGUAGUGAAUGACAUUUUCAUUGAGAUGUCCAACCAGGAGAUGGAAUGUAGUGAAUUUCAUUUUCAUUGAGAUGUCCAACCAGGAUAUGGAAUGUAGUGAAUGACAAUUUCAUUGAGAUGUCCAACCAGGAUAUGUAAUGUAGUGAAUGACAUUUUCAUUGAGAUGUCCAACCAGGAGAUGGAAUGUAGUGAAUUUCAUUUUCAUUGAGAUGUCCAACCAGGAUAUGGAAUGUAGUGAAUGACAAUUUCAUUGAGAUGUCCAACCAGGAGAUGGAAUGUAGUGAAUGACAAUUUCAUUGAGAUGUCCAACCAGGAGAUGGAAUGUAGUGGCGGACAAUUAGAAAGAUGUUCCCCAAUCGGUAAUGGAAUGUAGUGGACGACAAUUUGAUUGAAGUGUCCAACAAGGUUAUGAUAUUUAGUGGAUGAAAAUGUGUGGUAUGACCAACUAAUAUUCUCAUUUAUGUCCUACUAAUAGUCUUAUUCAUUAACUGCCCAGUUGUGGUAUGUCCUACUAAUAGUCUCAUUCAUUCACUGCCCAUGUGUGGUAUGUCCUACUAAUAGUCUUAUUCAUUCACUGCCCAGGUAUGGUAUGUCCUACUAAUAGUCUCAUUCAUUCACUGCCCAUGUGUGGUAUGUCCUACUAAUAGUCUUAUUCAUUCACUGCCCAGUUGUGGUAUGUCCUACUAAUAGUCUCAUUCAUUUACUGCCCAUGUGUGGUAUGUCCUACUAAUAGUCUCAUUCAUUCACUGCCCAUGUGUGGUAUGUCCAACUAAUAGUCUUAUUCAUUCACUGCCCAUGUGUGGUAUGUCCUACUAAUAGUCUCAUUCAUUCACUGCCCUUGUGUGGUAUGUCCUACUAAUAGUCUCAUUCAUUCACAGCCAAGGUUUGGUAUGUCCUACUAAUAGUCUCAUUCAUUCCCUGCCCAUGUGUGGUAUGUCCUACUAAUAGUCUCAUUCAUUUACCGCCCAGGUAUGGUAUGUCCUACUAAUAGUCUCAUUCAUUUACCGCCCAGGUAUGUUAUGUCCUACUAAUAGUCUCAUUCAUUCACUGCCCAGGUGUGGUAUGUCCUACUAAUAGUGUCAUUCAUUCACUGCCCAGGUAUGGUAUGUCCUACUGUCUCAUUCAUUCACUGCCCAGGUAUGGUAUGUCCUACUAAUAGUCUCAUUCAUUCCCUGCCCAGGUAUGGUAUGUCCUACUAAUAGUCUCAUUCAUUCAAUGCCCAUGUGUGGUAUGUCCUACUAAUAGUCUUAUUCAUUCAUCGCCCAGGUGUGCUAUGUCGACUAAUAGUCUCCUUCAAUCCUUUGCCAGAUGUUGUACGCUAUUUCGGCCCCACAAACCGUGACGUGGCUGGUUUGAUUCGCUCCAUAAGGUACACGGUUGGAUUCCUGUCAGUCGGUGAAGCCCAGGUGGAGUUGGUGGAUUACGCUGCCCUUGGGAAUAUGAACAACCGCUUCAUUUUGCCGACAGCGUCCUCACUGCUGGUAAAUAUGUUUUUAUGGACUCACUUUGUUUUUUUUUAAAUUUGUCCAAACAGGGAUCCAUUUUAACCGUAUUUUAAAAAUGUUCACAUUUCAAUUUACAGGAAGCCAUAAAUUCUAAGGUCCAUGAGGCAACUUUGACCCCUGACCUAGUGAACGCUCAGCUGCCUAAUGCAUAUCCCCUGUCCAGCUAUACAUAUUUCGCUUUCUACAAGACCCAGACAAGGGACUGUACUCUGGCCAUGGAGCUUGUCAGGUCAUAUCCAUUUAGUCAGUGAGAUACAUGUGUGGGGGAUAGUCUUAGUAAUGGAUUUAGGAUAUCGAACACACAUACAGUUGUACCUCGACAUACGAGUGCCCUGACAUACGAGAUUUUUGAGCUGUUGAAUGGGCGAUGUUUUGCUUUGAGAUACGAGAAAUAUUUGAGAUACGAGAAAUAUUUGAGAUACGAGAAAUAUUUGAGAUACGAGAAACCGGAUAAGCGGGUCGGCCGGCUGCAGUGACGAAAAUUAAGCGAAAGUAACAAAACAUUGUACAGUGGCAUUUAAGUUCAGUGAAGUUUGGUCAAGUUCCAUUAAGUUUAUGGAUAUGUAGCAUUUAGCGUUUCCAAAAAUUAUCGUCAACACAUGUAUGCAAGUGCGCUAAAGAUUAUAGUAAACUAUAAUUUUCAAUUUAAAUAACAAAUAUAUAAUUAAAUUUUUAGUACUCUCAAACCCAAAUUUUCAUUCCAUUAACAACUAUACUAAACUCAAAUAUAGCUAUUGCUACAACUUCCAAUACAUGUAGCCUUUCCUACAACUUCCAAUAAAUGUAGCCUGUCCUACAACUUCUAAUGCAUGUACCCUCUCAUUCAUCUUCCAAUACAUGCUUCUCCUACAGAGGCUAUUACAUAUGUCAAAGUAACUCAUAAACGACCGAUCCAGAUAGUUGGUCUAUAUCUUGGUAAAUAUCGUAUCUUUCUGCAGAUAUAUUCAAUGGCUCAUCACUGACCCAGCUGCCAAGAAUGACGCAGAGAGUGUCGGCUUCAGCACCCUGAGUGUCGGGAUGGGGAGUCGUGUCGUCAAAGAGGUGUUGGAACACGUGACGUGCAAGGGUCAGCUAGUGAUGGACAUGGUCCAAGCGGACGUAGAGGAGGUCACUGUCGACAAGUCGUGGCUGGUACCUGUGGCAGUCACAGGUAAGAUGAGACGCUGAGCAGUACGAUCGUGACAGGUUAGGUGGUAGCAGUUAAGUUAGCGGCUGUGGCAGCUUAGACAGUGAAAGUGACAGCUAAGAUAUUGACAGUGACAGCUAAGAUAGUGACAGUGGCAGCUAAGAUAGUGACAGUGACAGCUAAGAUAGUGACAGUGACAACUGAGAUACACUAUUCCAGUCAACCACGUUACAUCACACUUGACCCUUCUAGAAGUUAAAACACACAACCACCUGACACACAACCACCUGACACACAACCACCUGACACACAACCACCUGACACACAACCAUUUGACACACAACCACCUGACACACAACCACCUGACACAAUACCGCCUGACUCACACAACCCCAAGGAUUUAAAAGUUUGAUUACAUUCAUCCCCAAUUCCUGUAUUCCUAUUGGUUGUUAUCUUUGAUUCAUCCCCAGUUCCCGUGUUUCUAUUGGUUGUUGGCCUUAUGGCCGUGUACAUCAUCUUCCAGCGCCUUAAACUGAACACAAUGAUCAACAUGGAUGACUGGAACAUUCCAAUUGAGGACAUUGUCUUUUACUAUGACGAGAAGGUAGGGAUGCCGUAAACCAGAGCUCCGCAACGGUGUGCCGCUGAACACUGGUGUGCCGCUGAACACGGGUGUGCCGCUGAACACUGGUUUGCCGCUGAACGCUGGUUUGCCGCUGAACACUGGUGUGCCGCUGAACACUGGUGUGCCGCUGAACACUGGUGUGCCGCUGAAAACUGGUGUGCCGCUGAACACUGGUGUGCCGCUGAACACUGAUGUUCCGCUGAACACUGGUGUGCCGCUGAACACUGGUGUGCCGCUGAACACUGGUGUGCCGCUGAACACUGGUGUGCCGCUGAACACUGGUGUGCCGCUGAACACUGGUGUGCCGCUGAACACUGGUGUGCCGCUGAACACUGGUUUGCCGCUGAACAAUGGUGUGCCGCUGAACACUGGUGUGCCGCUGAACACUGGUGUGCCGCUGAACACUGGUGUGCCGCUGAACACUGGUGUGCCGCUGAACACUGGUGUGCCGCUGAACACUGGUGUGCCGCUAGGAGAGCCGCGGGAAAAACUCUUCUAAGGGGAUGAAAAGCAUAUGCGGAUGAUUUAAAUUCUUUGAAAUGAGUGGGACAAUGAGUGGGACAAUGAGUGGGACAAUGAGUGGGAGAAUGAGUGGGACAAUGAGUGGGACAAUGGGUGGGACAAUGAGUGGGACAAUGAGUGGGAUAGUGAGUGGGACAAUGAGUGGGACAAUGAGUGGGGCAAUGAGUGGGACAAUGAGUGGGACGAUGAGUGGGACAAUGAGUGGGACAAUGACGGCGCCAGUGAUUGGCACAAUGAGUGGGACAAUGAGUGGGACAGUGAUUGGGGCAAUGAGUGGGACAAUGAGUGGGACAAUGACGGGGCCAGUUAUUGGGACAAUGAGUGGGACAAUGACGGGGCCAGUGAUUGGGACAAUGAGUGGGACAAUGACGGGGCCAGUGAUUGGGACAAUGAGUGGGACAAUGAGUGGGACAAUGACGGAGCCAGUGAUUGGGACAAUGAGUGGGACAAUGAGUGGGACAAUGACGGGGCCAGUGAUUGCGACAAUGAUUGGGACAACGAGUGGGACAAUGACGGGGCCAGCUAUUGGGACAAUUAGUGGGACAAUUAGUGGGACAAUGAGUGGGACAAUGACGGCGCCAGUGAUUGGGACAAUGAUUGGGACGAUGGUUGUGACAAUAAUUAAGACAUUGAUUGGACAAUAACUAGGACACGUAUUGCGACAAUAAUUGAGGAAAUUAUUGGGAAAAUGACAUUGACAGAGAUUUGGGCCAAUGAUUGGGGCAAUGAUUGGGACAAUGAUUGGGCCAAUGACAUUGACAGAGAUUGGGCCAAUGACUGGGCCAAUGACAUUGACAGAGAUUGGGCCAAUGACUGGGUCAAUGACAUUGACAGAGAUUGGGCCAAUGACUGGGCCAAUGACAUUGACAGAGAUUGGUCCAAUGACUGGGGCAAUGAUUGGACCAAUGAUUGGGACAAUGAUUGGGACAAAACAAGUUAUAAAAGGUAUAAAAAAGUGGGGGUAGGGUGGAUAGAGAUCAACCAUCUGGUUUGAACUUGUUUCAGAUGCAGCUGGCUUCGGUCAGUGGCAAGUCCAGGUUCCUGAGACAGAAGUCGGUCCGAUCUCUGAAAUCCAUCGGGGAAAUCUCUGAAGGUCCCGAGCUGCUAUCUCAGAUUCUCCAGUGGCCUGGGA